CACACUUUCUACGCACACACGCACGCCUAACGAAUUUUCCUGGGUAAAAAAUAAAAGCGGAGUGAAAAUUUCCGAUUUUCCCGCACGUUUUCUCCGAUUUAGCCAGCCAGAGUGGGUCACAGGACCUGCGACAUAGCUGUCACUGCCCGGUACGCCGCAGCCAUUUUCACGCCGACCGUCAGAGGGAAAUGAGCGCAGCCAGUAACAAAAUGUCGGCCACCGAUCAGAUGCGCGCAAUGCUGGACCAGCUAAUGGGCACCACACGGAACGGGGACGAGCGCCAGCUCAAGUUCUCGGACUCGCGGGUGUGCAAGUCCUUCCUGCUCGACUGCUGCCCCCACGACAUCCUGGCGUCCACUCGCAUGGAUCUCGGUGAGUGUCCCAAAGUGCAUGACCUGGCUUUCCGCGCAGAUUACGAGAGUGCGGCCAAGACGCGCGACUACUACUACGACAUCGAGGCCAUGGAGCACCUGCAGGCCUUCAUAGCCGACUGCGACCGGCGCACGGACUCGGCCAAGCAGCGGCUCAAGGAGACCCAGGAGGAGCUCACCGCCGAGGUGGCCGAAAAGGCCAACGCUGUGCACGGCCUGGCUGAGGAGAUUGGCAAGAAGCUGGCCAAGGCGGAGGCUCUGGGCGAGGCCGGCGAGGUCGAGGACAGCAUGGAGCUGAUGAAGGAGAUCGAUGAGCUGCGCGGCAAGAAGAUCAAGGCCGAGCACGAAUACCGCACCUCUAUGCCCGCCUCGACGUACCAACAGCAGAAGCUGCGCGUGUGCGAGGUCUGCUCCGCUUACCUGGGCAUCCACGACAACGAUAUCCGGCUGGCGGACCACUUUGGUGGUAAGUUGCAUCUCGGCUUCCUCACCAUACGCGAGAAGCUGAUCGAGCUGGAGAAGACGGCGGCGCCGCGCAAGGCAGAGCUGAAGAGGACGGGUAAGAUGCCCGAUCGAGACGAUGAGGGACGUGGACGCAAUCGCUACUUUGUAGGUGGCCGAGAGUUGGACCGUCGCUCGCGUGUUCAUCGCUCCCGUUCCAGAGAGCGUCAGCGUAUCCGUGAUGCAGAGCGAGAACGCGACAGGCCCAAUGGCGAAAAGGGUGGCAAGGAGACGGCUGAAGGACCAGCGGAGAGACCCGAACGGCCACCAGAACGUGAGCGCGGAGGACGUCGAGAGGACCGUGGCGAUCACAGAGAUGGCCGGCAAGAUCGGGAACGUGAUAGGGAUGGCAGACGGGAUCGUGACCGAGGCCAGGGACAUCGCAACGACAGAGGACGCUUUGGAGGUGGUGGCAACCAUCGAGAUGACAGACGUCGAUCACGCUCCAGGGACAGAUCACCACGUGAACGCCGCAACUUUAAUCACUUUCGGGAUGGACCCGGCGGUGGCGGUGGAGGAGGAGGAGGUGGCGGAGGCAAUAACCGAAGACGCUCUUACUCCCGCGAACGCUACAACCGCCGCUAAAGGAAUCCCUCCAGGCAGCGCACGUACGUAGCAUUAAUCACAACAACUACAAAAUGCCACUACUGAAAAACCAACAGCAACUGAGAAUAUAUUCGUAGCUUAAUCAAACCAACCAACCUUCGAAAUGUUAAUAAUUUCUACUCUUGAUCUUACGCUCCUUUGAACCUCUUAAACACCGAAAUAAAGCGAAUUAAACUCUGUUCAAAAAGUCCCACAAAAAAAUAUAGAAAUUAACCCAAUAAACCCCAGAACCGAAAACAGAAAAACCCCCAAAGAGAUAGACACACGUUAGUUCCAAGUAGAGAGCAAGUAGUAACCCCACAGUUAGGAGGAAGAGGAGUUAACCCCGCCCACUCUUUAACAUUUGAUAUUUUGUGUGUUGUAUAGCAAAGGUACACCCACUCUCCCUCGCCUCUAUAAUGUACUCUUCUCAGCUCAGGUCACGUCGUCGAUGCAUCGCUGUCGUCCCAGUUUUUGGGGUAAGCCUGUCGACCAUAUUUCUAUAACUCUGACACUAUCACUGCUCUGAUCUGAUUUGAUUUGAUUUGAUUUGAUUUGUAACCCCAAAGCUAAAGCGUUCUCUACUCGAAGUUUCCACAUUUUGCAGCCGCUUUUGGUACGUAUUGAGUAUAUAUAAAUACCAUAUAUACCCAGAUGUUAGCCAGUUACAUAUAUAUAACAUAGAUAAUCCAGAUAAACUAUAGCUUGGGUACGUAUCGAUGAGAGAGAUUAUUGUGUUUUUAUGCGUUCCUGGGUACGUAUUUAUGUUAGAAGAUCACGACUUUGUGUGGUACGUAUGCAAAUAACGUUUUGUGAUAACACUCCCAGGCUCUGUAGGGUUCUCUCGGCGUUCCAGACCCCAACGUACGUAUUGAUCCAGUCUCUCUCUAUAAAAAAAUAAAAAGAAAACCAUCAUAAAAAUGCAAAAAUAUUAAUAUACAACUCUCGUAGCUGUUCAGAACUAUACGUUUUUCGCUGCCGAUGCAUAUGGGGGCUCAGAUCAAUCAGUUAUAUAUACAUAUAUGUGAGUAUUCGGGGCACUAAUCUCUCUGAUACCAAAAUUCUAUAAUCAUCGAAGAGGGACGGGGGCAGAGGAUGUCUGUCUCUGUUUCUGUGUAUUUCUGGUUCGUUUCUUUCGACAGGGGAGAGCAGUGUAAAGAGUUAUUUGUGUUUGGUCCCAUUUGCCACUUAUUUGGGUAAGAAUCGAUCGAAAACGAUAACUAAUAUAUCUAUCUAUAUAUCUAUCCCGUAAUUAUAUUGUUUUUUAUCUAAAUUGUAAGUCCAAAAAACACUGUCCUAAACUCACACACACUCUUAAGUUAAAUAUAUCACACACACACAAAACACAAACACUCUUUUAAGUAAGAUCUAAAUUAACACUUAUCUUUAUGGAUCUAAGCGGAUUGUAAUAAAAUUGCACUUGAAUUAUA